GCCGGUCCUCCGGAAGGGUCACUUUGGUAUGCGAACUCUUCACCGCACUUGCCCACUGUCAGAGAGUGUACUGAGGUACAGUAGUUUCUAACAGCUCGUUCGAUUGGUCUGCCUGCUCAGCCAAUCAUAUUCUGGCAACCUUGGACCUUGGGACCCAACGUCGCUAUGGUACUUCCGUAUAGCCUGAGGCACCUGGGUACUUAUGAAUCUUGGGUCCCGUUGGAUUCUGGGUCCGACUGUACUUGGGUACAUUUGAUACACACCCAUUGUAUCAGCGACAUUUUGCCACGAGGGAGUUGCCGAGAAUGAGCAGGCACUGAUCUAUUUGUGUGAAAUGAAAGGUGAAAGCUGAGCGUGAUCCAGCUGAGGCACCAGACGGGAGCCAGUCGAGUGUGAGCCGACUGGCCACUUGUCUCACCGCUGCGCCAGAACACAUCUGAAAACCACUCUUUGGACUCUUUCUGCACACAUAUGCUCUGGCUUGCUAUCAUGUUCCACAAUACCAUGUCUUUCCUAUGUACCUUUUUGUUUCUUUUAUUUAGUUGUGCAGGCAAGAGUGCGUUGACAGAGUUUUGGCACGGCAGAGGUGGGCACAGUUUUCAGAUGUGUUUUGGCGCAGCGUCAGAAGUUCUCUGAAGUUGUUUGGUCUGAUGACGUCAAGUUGAGUUGUACACUACUCAAGUAAGAAACAUGUCUGCUCUCAAGAACGAACGUGCCAUGAAGAAGGGUGCACUGACACGAACAAGAAGAAGAGCGUUUGUACUGAUCGACACUCGUGGUAGCAAAAGAGAGCUGCAUGCAGUGUUGAAGGAGCUGGACAAUGCUCUACAAGAUGUUCUGGAGAAGAACAUGGAAUACAAGAUGAGCUCUGAAGAUGAUGAUCACCAGAAGAAGUGUGAUGAAUAUGAGCAAGAGGCCACUGAGGAGCACAGGAUUGCCCAGGAACGAGUGGCAAGUCACCUGCAAGAGCGAGCGGGAGAAACUCCAUCAGCAACAACUGACAGGUCAUCUGCUGCUUCAAGGGCUCGGGUGCAGCAUACCACCAGAAUGGCAGAAGUUGAGGAUAAGGUACGUGAGCUGGAGUUACAGCAGCUGCAACGUCGCCUCGAGAGAGAGGAGGAAGAACAGAAGAUGCAGCGAGCAAGACAACUGCAAGAGAAACAAGAUGCCCUGCAGGCUGCUCGUCUUAAGACAGAGUUAACCAAGGCAGCUGAAAGUGAGCUGACAUGGGACAGGAAAGAAGACUUCAAUGAAGAGAAUGAGAGACGUCCAGAAGGAAAUCAGAAGAGAGAUGAAGAACACAGAACAGACCUUCCUGUACCUAAUCCCAACCCUGAUCCUGCCAGCCAACUGUUCCGACAGAGCCUGCCUCGUCUCAGGCUUCCCACUUUCAGCGGAGCAGUGGAGGAGUUUCCAAGAUGGUACUCGAUCUUCUCAACACUGGUGGAGCAGCAGAAUCUGAGUGCCAAUGAGAAGAUGGCACAUCUGCAGAAUGCAGUCACUGGAGCAGCAAGAGCCAUCAUAGUUCCCUGA